GGCAACGAAGAAGAUUAGUUAUGGCGGUUCAGGUUGAGCUGGGUUAUUUGGAGACUUUCCCGUCUCACCUCAGUCCUCUGGAUGUUUUGAUGUUAAAACCACACUUGGACCGUGUCUUCCUAAAUGACACUGAUCCGCCGACCGUCCUCUUCACGCCUGAGGGGCCUCAGGGCUCCGGCAGGACGGGCAUUUUGCUGCGUGUUCACCAAACUACCGAGGAAGAGACGGCCGACGGAGUGACCUGUCCUACAGCCAACACCGAGUCAGCGCCACGGGUUCGGCUCUUUACCAGCCGGCUUUUCCUGCGGCACCACGGGCUCCAGCAGUUCAGAGGUACCGGAACCGUCCGAGCUAUGGAGCCCGUCAGCCUGGACAGAGUCGUAGUUGGAGCCCGCAGCAGGCAGAGCCUCCGCCUGGCUGGAUCGGAGCAGUUCAGCGACAGGUUGCUGGAACUCUGCCGCCCGGGACAUUGGCUGCUGGCUCGGCAAGGAGACCCGCUGCUGCUCCCCCGACAUACAAUCCUGGGAGAAGACCCAGGACAGCAUCAGCUGUUGGAGCUGCUGGUGCUGGAGUGCAGUCCUGUAAGACAGGGGAGGAUCACAGCUGAUACGUCUCUGGUUCUGACAGAUUGCUGGGAUUCAGUCACCCCCCCACCCUGCAGGCCACUCAGACUCUGUGUGUCAGACUUUGCUCAUUACGUUGAUGGCCUUUGUGCUGGCCCAUGUCUGCUUGAUAACAGGAGCGUGCUGGAUUCUGGGUUCCCAGGUGUCCCGUGUCCACUGCUAUGCAGAGUGGAAGUUCGGGUAAUGGACACCCAGCGAUGGCUCAAGCUCAAAGAACAACACGGGGUAGCCGUGGAUCUGGACAGUUGUGUGUUUGUGACCAAACAGCUGCUUCUCAGACUGGGGCUUUUCAAUCAGGAGUGGGUAAGACUGUCGAAGCUCGGCGAAUCCAGAGGACCCAUAGGAGAGGGCGAUGUCACGGGGGCCAUCUGCAGGGAGAGGCUGGUCUCUGUGGUGGUGAUGGAUCUGCCACCAAGUCCAGAACUACAGAGCCAUGACAACCUGGGCCUCAUCUCACCUACUCUGUGGUUCAACAUGACUGAAGGAGAAGUGAUCCCUGUGAACAGCUUUAUGCUCAGGAUGAAGAGAUGGGACCCCCCUCCUCCACAGCCCGGUGGUUGCCGCUCUGACACGUUCUGCCGCUUGGCUUCUCCACCGUAUGCCAGCGAGCUCCACAUCCAGCCGGUCACCUCUCCACUCUACAACAACCUGGGCUGCUAUGACAACCUGCUGGCUCAACAUUUCUGCACGCCCAGGCUGGUGUCACCAGGAGACGUUCUGACUGUUCCAGCUGGAAACCAUCCAGACCUGCUCGAGACCCACUCUGAGGGGAUCCACAGGUGUCCGGUGCUGUUCUUCAGGGUGCAGAAGGUGUGCUCAUCUGCAGGAAGAGAAGAAGGAGGAGGAGCUUACUUGGCCAGCAGACAGCACACCUCGCUCUAUUUGGGAACAUCUAUAAACAGCCCCGUCCCAUGUUCUCUCCUUGAGGGAGCAGCUCUGUCUCCUCCAGGCCUUAACAAGACUGUGGAGCUCCUCAUCGACACCAUCCUGCCUCACCUGCAGCACAGCAGCUCUCUGUCUGGUUGCACUGUCCUCCUUCACGGUGCUGCAGGAAGUGGAAAGAUGGCAGCAGUGAGGGCAGCAAGUGGCAGACUAAACCUCCACCUGCUGAAGGUAGACUGUGUGAGCCUGUGCGCUGACAGUCCUGCAGCCUCUGAGGUAAAGCUGGCGUCAGUGUUUCAGAGGGCCGAGGCCCUGCAGCCCUGCGUUCUGCUGCUCAGGAACCUGCAGCUCGUCCUCAGAUCACGAGGGGCUGCCGAGAGCGAUUGCAGGGUCCAGGCAAAGCUCUGCCAGCUGCUCAGCUGUGCCCCCACCAGUGUGGUGAUGGUGGCAACUGUCUGCAAACUUCGAGAUUUGCCUGCAGGCAUCAUGGCAGCGUUUGUCCAUCAGGUAGCAAUAGAGAGUCCAACUGAAGAGCAGCGGCGUGCCAUGCUUUCCAGCCUGAGCAGAGACCUGCACUUAGGGAAGGAUGUCAACUUGGAGAACCUCUCCAGACUCACCACAGGUUUUGUGUUGGGGGAUCUCAGUGCUUUGCUGGUUGAGGCUGGUAGAGCUGCCUACAGGAGGCUGAUCCACAGCUGUGGUGCUCAGCAGCAGGAGGAUCUGUGCUCUAGCGGAGUGACCAUCCUGAACCAGGACUUCACCUCUGCUCUGGAGAUCCUGCAGGACACCCUGUCCAAGGCCAUCGGGGCCCCGAAGAUACCUAAUGUGCACUGGGAGGAUGUCGGCGGUCUCCAGCAUGUGAAGAAGGAGAUCCUAGACACGGUUCAGCUUCCUUUGCAGUGUCCUGAGCUCUUGUCUCUGGAUCUGAACCGGACUGGAAUCCUGCUGUGUGGACCACCAGGGACAGGAAAGACUCUGCUGGCCAAAGCUGUGGCUACUGAGUGCUCCAUGACUUUCCUCAGUGUCAAAGGUCCAGAGCUCAUCAACAUGUACGUGGGUCAGAGUGAAGAAAACAUCAGAGAAGUUUUCCACAGAGCACACUCAGCAGCUCCCUGCGUCAUCUUCUUUGACGAGCUAGACUCUCUGGCUCCCAGCAGAGGGCGCAGUGGAGACUCUGGAGGGGUGAUGGACAGAGUUGUGUCUCAGCUGUUGGCUGAGCUUGAUGCGCUGCACUCAUCUGGUGGGGUUUUUGUAAUCGGAGCCACAAAUCGUCCAGACCUUCUGGACCAGUCACUGCUCAGACCUGGCAGGGGUGCGGUUUCUCUUUGCACGACAGGGACCAGCACGAUGCAUGGGAUUAUCCACGCUAUGAGAGCAUUGAUGGAGCCGAAGCCUGUUAUUUUGUCACUAGCUCUGGCGUUCGAGCUUGGAAAGACGGGUAAUGUUUGUGGAGAAAGUGCUGGGACAUACGGUUGUCGCACUCCAUGACCCUCUCCUCUCUGAGUCUGGGGCCCCGGCUUCAUCCGAGUCAUGAGCUCCGUCACUAUGUUCCAGAUGUACCAGGUGAUGUGCCUGGCGGAGCUCAGAUUGCUGGUUCCUGAUGAAAGCCCGCUGGGACCUCGGCCUGCGAGUCUUGAACAAAUAUUUACGAAGGUACAAGGUCAAGAUGCUAACAAUCAGCUUUUGAAUGCAGUCGGCCUGGAGGAUUGUUUCAGACCAACUGAUCUAAUAGAUGCUUAUUUUCUUGUGAAUAUACACCCGAACCAUAGGCAGUUUCUGAGGUUUGGAUUCGAGGGCGUAGCCUACGAAUACCUGGUGCUGCCAUUCGGGUUGUCUCUCACUCCUCGCACCUUCGCAAAAUGUGCCAAGGCAGCAUUGGCACUCCUCAGAGAGAGAGAGGCAUUUGCAUCUUAGCCUAUGUAGAUGACUGGGCUCUCGUAGCUUGCUCCAGAGAGUAGGUGGCGACACAGCUGUCACUGGUUCUGUCAAAUAUUCAGGCACUGGGUUUCUCUGUGAACUUUCAAAGAGCUUGCUAGUUCAGAGUCAGGACAUUUCUUUCCUUGGUUUGGAAAUAUGCUUGCUUUCCAGCUGCGCACGUUUGUCGGCUGCAUUUCAUUGCUGAUUUACUUAGUUUCAGCUGGGGUGCAGACUGCAUUUCCAAGCAAUAUUACGUUUGUUGGGCAUGAUGGCAUCUAUGAUCACUGUAGUGCCACUUGAAUUGUUAAAGAUGAGAGCGUUUCAGUGCUGCAUCUUGCACGCUAGCUCUUGGUCCUGUAGGGAGCCGGGGUGCUACAUCAGGGUGUUGUUUCACAAGGUGGUGUCCACAGAUGCUUCCCUAAGGGGGUGGGGAGCGCUGUGCUAGGGCACAUCAGUGAGAGGGAUCUAGACUACAGUCCAGCGUGAUCUGCACAUCAACCACUUAGAGCUGCUAGCAGUGUUCUUGGCUCUCAAGCAUUUUAAUUCAAUUCAAUUUUAUCUAUACAGCGCCAAAUCACAACAACAGUUGCCUCAAGGCGCUUUAUAUUGUAAGGUAGACCCUACAAUAAUACAUACAGAGA